GUGCUUGUUCUCAUAAUUUUAAAUGAAAAAAUAAAACCUUUCAACUAGUAUUCAAUCACGCUACAAUCGUUGAAUUUUGAUGUAUAGCGUCAGUCACGCUAAAAAUCUCAUGAGCUAUGCUUUGAAACUUUCUGUAGUUUUACCCAAUCCAGAUUCCACUGAGAGUUAGGUUUUGUAUCCAUCUUUGGCCCUUCAGGUCAUGGCGUCUUCCUCCUCAUCGUACAAAAGUAGUUCUUACGGUGAUUGCGAAAAGGAAGCGUCCACUGUAUCAAGAAAAAUAUUUGAUGCAUUCAUUAACCACCGAGGCCCUGACGUGAAAGAAACUGUGGCUUUUGCACUUUACGAUUCACUCGAGGAAUUGGGAUUUUGGACCUUUCUAGAUGAUCAAGAAUUACAACUGGGAGAUUCAAUUGAGUCUGCCAUAAAAAAUGCCAUAUACUCUUCAUCUGUGCAAAUCGCCAUCUUCUCCCCACGAUAUGCGGAGUCGUCUUGGUGUCUAAAUGAGCUGGUUGACAUGUUGGAAACCAAGGCUCUGUUUAUUCCUGUAUUUUGUGACGUCAAGCCUUAUGAACUUCGUUACCCUCAAAAGGGGGUUUAUGCAGCUGCAUUCGCUAAGCAUGAAGAAAAGGGGAGAUUCAGCAACGAGAAGAUUCACCAGUGGAAAGAAGCCCUUCACUCUUCUUCAAUCAUCUCUGGCUACGAAUUCAGCACAUCUAAUGAUAAUGUCGAGAAGCUGUGUACAAAGAUUGCCUUGGCUGUACAACAAAAUAUAGGAAAGACAUUUGAGAGCUUCCCAAGAUACGUGGAAAUAACAAAACAUGAGAUAGGUCUUCAUGCAGAGGCAGCAGCGUCAACAAGUAGAUCAGCACAGGUGAAGAAAUCGAGUGUUCUGCCCAGAGAUUCACAUCCAGUGGGCAUCGAUUCCAAAGUUGAAGACAUGAUAGGUUUGUUGAAGGACCCAAAAUAUCAAGUUAUAGCUGUCGUUGGUAUGGGUGGCUCAGGGAAGACAUUUCUUCUCCAAAAUGUCUACAAGAAAAUAAAAUCUAGUUUUGACAAAUCCAUUUGGCUCUCUAUAUCUAAAUCUUAUUCUGUCAAGAAUUUGCAAAAUGAUAUGGCCUUACAUAUGGGUUUAAAGACAGAAAUUGUGGAUGGUGCCAUAUCUCAAGAGACAGCGGCAGAAUUAAUUCAUGACUGUCUCGAAGGGAAAAAAUGACUUAUUGUGCUGGACGAUCUGUGGAAAUUGUCGACAGAAGAUAAUCUCUUAGAUAAACUUGGUCUGCCAGCUGAUAAAGAUUGUAAAGUUGUGGUGACCACAAGAAAUAGAAAGGUUGUUGAAAUUUCAAAUGCUCGAAUUUAUGAGAUGAAAAAUUUGUCUGAUGAAGACAGUUGGAAGCUGUUUAGCUUCUACGCAUUUCGGGAUCGUAAAGAGAACAGAGCGCCAUCGCACUUAAUUGAGAUGGGUCGUGAGAUUGUAAAGCAAUGUGGAAAUUUGGCACUGGCUCUCAAAACGACAGCAGCAUCUCUGGCCAGCAACACAGAUCUUAGAAAAUGGGAGACUAAGCACCGUCAGCUAGAAAAGGCAGUUAUUCCCAUUGGUGAGCAUGACCCUGUCAUGGAUAUAUUAAAACUGAGUUAUGAUUCUUUGCCAGCACAUCUUAAAGCAUGUUUUGCUUAUUUUUCUUUCUUCCCUGAGGAUGAAAACAUAAACUGUGAAUUUCUGGUAAACCUAUGGAUAGGUGAGGGUUUCAUUCCAGCAGGAGAGGAGCAGUGGGAUAUGGCCUGGGAUUGGUUGGAUCAACUUGUCCAGCUGUGUCUGCUUCAACCAUGGGAAAAUAAAGAAUAUAAUCUUAAUGAUGAAGAAAGGUUAAUCAAAUAUUGUAGCAUUCAUGAUUUAUUGCAUGAUUUGUCCAUACACAUAUCCAGAGAAAAUGAAUGUAUUUUUUCUGUUGAGGAAGUCUCUACACAUACAAGUGGUGUCUCUGGCUGGUGUCGGAUUUUACUAGCCAAGAAAGAUGUGAAUGAUAAUGCCAUCUCCUCCAUCUCACACAGCUGUCCUGUUUAUCUCUGUACAUUCUCACUAUCUCAGAAUAUGGAGAUUACAAGCAUUCCAGCAAACUUGUUCACCGCUAUGAGAGGACUGCGCAUUCUGGAUUUGAGCUCCACAAGCAUUUCUACAUUGCCUGCAUCCAUUGGAAAGAUGAUACUGCUUAAAGUCUUGAAUUUAAGGCGUACAAAGAUAAAGGAGGUACCGGAGUGUUUGAGACAUCUAAAAAGCCUCUUGUUUCUUGGUAUCCAUUGGAACUGCAAGUCAAUACCAGCAUGGAUUAGUGAGCUUAAAUGUCUUCAGCAUUUAGAAUGCGAACGUGUUGAUUGCAUGCCGAAAGGAAUAUCAAAGUUGGCCUCUUUGAGAACGCUCAGAUCAAGAUGGUUGGACCUGUCCAUAAAAGAAGAUGAGUUCAUGACCUUAGAGGAUUUCGCAAAUAUGACUCAGCUUCAGGAACUGUGGUUGAACAUUAAUCAUGAGAUAGAGUUGAAGAAGAUGGAAGAAGGGGUCCUUGUGCAAUUGACCAAAAUGCGUCAUCUCAGUAUCUCAUUGAAAUUACAGAGCAAUUUCCCGAGUUUCCCCAAUUUCCAGAGAAAAUGAGGGCAAUGAGAGAUCUGGAAAGUCUUAGAUUAUAUGGAUUUUUGGUGCCAAGUUGGAUAUGUGAUUUGGCAAAUCUGAGGGAAUUGACUUUGCAUAAUUGUCAGUGUGUUGAUUAUCCGGAGUGGCAAACAAUGCCUAAUCUAGUGAGAUUGGAAUUAGGUAGGAAUUCCAAAUGCAGAGAAUUGCCAAAGGCGUUUGGAAAUUCAGGAAGGUUUUCACACCUCCGCUUCUUUUCAAUUCAAGAUAUAAAUGAAUUGGAGGGGUUGCCGGAAUUGGAGGAGGGAGCGAUGGCAUGUCUUGAGGAGCUCAAUAUAGAGCAUUGUCGCAAUCUGAAGAAAGUAGGAGACGGAUUGGAGAGGUUGAAAAGACUGAAGUUGUUCAAUUAUUGUGACUCGGGAACGAAAGAAGUAAGGGAGGCAUUAAAAGAUGGUGGAGAAUAUUGUAAAAAAAUAAAAUUCAUCAAUCCUCACGUACUUAA